GUCGAGCGGCGCGGCGUGGCAACCGCGCUCGCGCGCUCUUGGGUUGACUGACUCACGCCCGUGACGCAGCACCGCGCUAUUGUCCGCGCUGAAAAUGUUGGUCAGAAGGCGAGAGCCCGAGAGGUGUCGCCGACGCCACGUCGGCGCGCGGAAGAAGCGCGAGAAAAGUACCUGUGGCGGCGGAUUGGUUAUCUCCGCUCCCGCGCUCCCGUCGCCCCACCCGCGGUGUCGCGCGGAGGGCGAUAGCGAGGUUGAGAAAGAGUGACGGGGGGCGUCGACGGCGGACCCAGGAAUUUGGAGCAGUCGACUCGUCCACUCUCGCUUUCGGCCACCCGAAAUCUAGAGUACUAUUGUUCGAAAGGGUCACUUUCGAUCAACGACAGCCAUAAAAGGAUUUGUAGUGUAUCUUCGUGGCUAUUCGCAGAACGCUUAUCGUUUCCUGAAGUGGGCUUAUUCGUCAGCGUGUCUAUAAAACUACACCGAUGGCUACAUGGGUAGUGCAUUCUCUGCUCGGGUCGAAAUGGUAAGGUAUCGCGAUGCGCGCGGGUGGGAUGGCGGGUGCUUUGGCACGGCGAGCCCAGUCGAGACGGCGCCUCGGAAAUAUUGCGCUGUUUCGUAAACUGUAAACGCGUCCAAUUGGGCGCAGACGGGAGACCUAGAAUGCGGGCGGGCGGUCGCGAGCGUGACCGAAAAAUCCGCCGGCUGCCGUCAUUCAUUGGAAACGCGAUCCCGGUCGAGGGGUGGCCUCCGGUGGGGUGGGUGGGGGGCGCUAGACGCCACUUUCUCCUAUUAAGGCAGCGAAUGCGCGGCGCAGAGGGGCCCGCGUGGCGCGGAGGGGGAGAGCGAGGGUGGCGAGAGCGGGCGCCGCCGCCGCCGCCACAGCCGCAGUGGUGGGGGAGGCCGGAGAGAGAAGUUCACCAUAUUUGGUAAUGCCGUGGGGCGCUGGCGCACCCUCUGUCCUCCCCUCCCCCUCGGCCGGGCGGUCGUGAGGACGGGACGGCAGGUACCUGCAGCGGGAUGAGGUGCCCCUCAAUCAAUACCCACCCGCCCCCGUUUGCCGCAGACCUUGGUUCGAUGGGUCGCGGGGUCCCUCGGGGGGUAGGGGAGAAAGUCAUGGGCUUCGCCGAAGAUUUUAAUGGGAAGCCAGGCUCUGCGCGAGAUGUUGCAGGGAAAAGGCCUAAUCCCUCAAGACACUAUGAAAUAGAAACAAAUUCGUUAGGCAUCCGGUGUCACAGUCUCAGAUGUCUGUAAAACAACGUAUGAAGAGAUAAAGAAGGACAAAAAGCACCGUUAUGUAGUUUUUUAUAUACGGGAUGAAAAGCAGAUAGAUGUUGAAGUCGUAGGGGAACGCAAUGCUCAGUAUGACCAAUUCCUAGAAGACUUGCAGAAGGGAGGCACUGGUGAGUGCCGAUAUGGACUGUUUGAUUUUGAGUACACGCACCAGUGUCAGGGUACUUCUGAGGCAUCCAAGAAACAGAAACUGUUCCUGAUGUCCUGGUGCCCAGACACCGCCAAGGUUAAGAAGAAGAUGUUGUACUCCUCCAGCUUCGAUGCUCUCAAGAAAUCUCUUGUGGGCGUUCAAAAGUACAUUCAGGCUACGGAUUUAUCUGAAGCAUCCCAAGAGGCAGUUGAAGAGAAACUACGUGCCACAGACAGACAGUAAAACAUUGCUCCCUGUUGGCUGGACUGUAUCUGUGAGGUCACUUUGCCCAAUGGGGGCCUGCGAAUCUGUGGGCAUCAGUCUAGUCUCGUUGGCUCCCAGGCAACGUUGUUCUCUUGUAAUGCAAAAGAAUUUUUUCAUUAAACUGUAUCGUAUUAUUGAGUGAUAAAAAGGAGGAAAACACAAACCAUGAAUUAAGAUUAAGUGAAUUUUUUCUGGGAGGGGGGGUAGAGGAUUUUCAAUUACAAAAAUAGUGGUUGGCAUGCCUGUAAAGUAUCUGUUCAUAAGCAAUUUGAUUCUUGUCAGUGUAUUGGGUCAAUCAAAAUGUCACUUAAUUUUUAAUAUUGUAAGGUGGUAUGCAACUGUGCAAAGCUAUAAUUAAACGUACACUUGAAUAUUAAAAAUUUUGUAUUGAAUACAUUUCUGUAGGAGUUUUUUUUAUGUCACCUAAUGAGUACGUAUUAAAUUUAUUUCUAAUGAAUAGGGAUGUGUUUGUUUUGAAUGAAGUAUUUAGUUCCUCAUUCAGUUUCAUGAUUUUGUGAUUACCUAUUAACCUUACAAGCUUCCAUUCAUGGAUGAUUGUUUAAUUCAGGUAUUAUAAAAAAGAACCAAACAACUAUUUGAGCAAAUAAUUUGUGGACUGUAUUUUCCAUUGUUUGAAGUAUGACUUGCAUUUCUGUCAAACUUAGGCCUACUUCUUGAAACGGCAGGAGUCAAUGUAGAAUAGUGUUAGCUGCCACAUAUUUCAACAUGUUCGGUGCUGCUGAUGCUAUUCAAAGCCUGUUGCUACGAAGACAAUUUUUUUUAGUCAUAAGGCUUUCUUGUACGCAAGCUGUAAAUUAAAGUGGUGUGAAUAUGUACUGGUACUAACAUCAACUGCUUGGUGGUUGUGAGACGAGAUUAAAGGGCUCUUGUCUUGAAUUGACAAAUUUUCUUUAUUGAGAACGAGCCCAAUGACAUUCCUUAUGAACAUCUAGUUGGCAUUCUUUAGGCCCGAUUUCACGAAAUUUUUUUGCAAAAGUCAACUAUUAUAAUACAUUAGAACCUUCACCACCUAACCGCCUGCCUGUACACGAUCCUUUAAUCAUAUUAGAGAAGUCGAAUUAAAAUAGAACGUCCCCAAGCUGAAAACGACAUAUCUAUUUAAAGUCUUUCCAAAGAAAAAACCCGAAGCUGGCAUCAGCGCUUCGACAGGUCUGCUCUCUAGUGGUAAGAUAGUGUAGUAAACUUUUCUCCGCUAGAGGGUAGCACUGCAGUACAGCAUGUCUGGGCGAAUAUUGUUUUCUCUUAGAUGGGCAAGAAGCGGGAUUUUAUUGUGAAAGAUGUUGAUUUGGUGAUAUUUUAGUGAAUUACGUUCAUUUCUUUGUAUGUGAAUUCUGUAUAGUGUAUUUCACUUGUAAACAAUAAAUUGCUUUCUUGUACGAUGUGUUUUUAUUUCCAACCGAAUUAAACUUCAAGUUUAACACAAGUUUUCGGUAUAAACGCGUGACCGCGAACACCGGCGUGAGCAUGAAGAUGGCACAAGAAACAAAAAUGGAUAUGUGGACUCCUUUCAAGGAUCUGCAAACGUUUAUAGAAGAAGUGGUGUCAAAACCUGUUCAUGGUGUGCUAAAGACAGUAGAAGAAAUGCUGCGUAACCACAAACAAAAUUUUAUUACUCUUCUGAAGAAUCCUGCAAAAAAUGCCCAGCAACGGGAAGAAUUGAAGAAAGCGCUGGCAGAAGGUACACCAUUACCUGGUCUCAGGCAUCAACUGCUUACAAAGGAAUUAGUUGAUGAAACUAUAAUUAUAUCUGACAUGUAUGAAUUGAAUGAGUACAUGGCAUUUGAUUUGCUGUGCACAGCUCAGCAGCAAAUGCCACAUCAUCCAGGCCUACCAAGAGGCUUAGUAGCGGUCCUCCUCUACUAUGAUGGUCGCAAAUCUCUUGUAUAUGCUCUCAAAGCCCUUGUACAAGCACGCAAAGGUAUAUCAUGGGUUGUUAAUGCCUCAGAAGACCUAGUGCGCUAUAUCACAUGGUUCACUAAAGAUCUUAUGGAUCAAGCAGUACUGUCUCGAAUCAUUGGUCUGCUUGAAACAUUGGAUUUGACGAAAGAAAUUGACUUGUUGCACCAAAAUCGUGCGAUAGGUGGGCCACGCCACCAUAGACAAGUUGUUGAUUUGUAUCAGAGUAUUCGUCAGGGACUUGCAGAUAUAAUUUAUUGUUGGUCUGCUCAAUGUGGUCUGCCAAAGACACCUACGUUCAAUUAUGAUUGUCAAAAUGUUGUGAAGAGCCUGCCCCUGCUGGCAGAGCAAGACUUCCUGCUGUCGCUCCUGAAGGAGUUCCAGCCCACGGAGAAGACGUGGGAGACCCCGGGGCUGCAAGGCCUGGCUCACCUCACGUGGGCGUUGGCUCUGGCCACUCUGCGCAAUGCUCCAGCCGCCCUUCACUCCCUCAAUAUUACUGAUGAAGAUGAACUGCUGGUGGAUUCUGCCAAUGAAUUGAAUGUGUUUGACUUCUUGCAUCGAUCACUUCUUCAAAAUCAGCUUGUUUACACUGAGGAAUUCUAUCUCCGCCGUCUUCACACCCUUAUUACUGACUUCAUAGUUUAUAUGCCUAUGAAAGUGAAGGAAAUGAAGAGCAGGUCCGAUGAGUCUGCUCGGACUAUUCAAACUUAUAUGCAGGAGGGCUUGGAGCCUCCACAAGACCUGCCUCACCACUUUGAGCACCUCCUGCUCUCUGUGGCUCAGUUGUACGAGCAAGAUCCUUUGAAGUUGGAGUUGUCGUUGCAGUACUGGUGCCCCACAGAGUCCCUUACGAGCGAGCGUUUCCUCUAUCGCACACCCCCACGUCAGGUAGCGCUCUUCAAGUUCAUCCGCCUAGGCGGAGAUAUUUUGCCACCUGCAGUGUUUGUUCCGUACAUGAAGAUGUUGCGCAGCCUUGCCUCUUCUCCUAGAGCAGCACGCAAUGCCUUUAACUUCCUCAAGCAGAAUGGCAAUGGCACAGUCUCCUGGACACAUUUCUUCAAGUCUCUUGAAAAGUAUUACAGUAAUCUUCGUCAGGAACUCCCUCCUACAACUGAUACAGUGUACCAACCUCGAAGCUUUCCAAGAGGUAUCUUGCCACAAGAGAUUCAUGGUCUGCAGGCUGUUUUAGGAGUGGUGCGAGCAGUAGCUGAGCAUGACCCUGUGUCUCGUGUGGCACUUAGUGACAGCCCACAAUGGGCCCCCAUGAACAUCUUGUUGGGCCUGGUGGCCUGUGCUGUCCCCAUUCCUCUCAAAGCUGAGCUUUUGUUGACGCUGGCUGCUCUAGCCAAGUCCGCUGGUCCUGCCACCGCUCUCUGGUACAGCCUAGAAGCCUCCCAGAUUCUGAGCACUGUUCCCAGCACAAGCAGCUACCAACCGCGAGGGGUGCAGACUGAACUUGAGGAAAUUGAGUCUCGGAAUGAGGAAUUCCCUCUUACGAGAGCGCUGUUGCAUCUGCUGAAUGUGCUAACAGAUGUGCCAGUGCCCCGGCUGCUUGGGGUUGAAGCUAGGUCACCAGGCUUUGACCCAUAUCUCAACUUCAUUGUGAAUUCUGUGUUCUUGCGGUUUAACACUCGCAGUUACAAGAACCCUGAAGAAAAGUGGGAUGUGGCCCAUAAGUGUUUGAAGCUAUUGAAGAAGUUCCUUGCGCAAUACAACCCUGACAUAAUGGACUUCACAGCUCAGCGUGUGGAGUUGCAGAGUGGAGGCACGGCGCAGGUGAAUCCAGUGCCAGGCUACCACAUCAUGGUCAAUCUCAACUCCAAGACUGAACUGUUGCGUCUUGUGCUGCACCUGGUGGAUGAAGGCGUGCACCUGCUGGACAACUGCACGCAGGUGCCGGGGCAGGCUGCACUGGAGGGCAGCAUGCUCAAUUGCCUGCUGCUGUUGCAGCAUGCCCUGGCUUUGCAGGGUCGCUUCUUUGAGUUGCUGGCCAGCUCGGGCAACUCCCUCCUCCUCACAGGGCUGCGCCGGCUGUUGCUGGAUGUCAACCCGCGUUCUGGCAAGCCAGAUCACUUGCUCAAUAUUGCCAAAUAUGUGACGUACUCAGGGUCCUUGCCAAAUCAUGCGUUAGCAGCUGUGCGAAUUCUGCUGGCUGUUUCAUGGACUCCCUCUGCCCAGACUCAUUUGCUUAGUCUGUUUACUUCAUCUCCAGAACUCACUAUGGAAAUCAGACACGGAUUUGUAGAAUGUUUGGAGGCUGAUGAAGACGAAGAGGAGGAAUUAGAAGCAGGGUCUGUACAGAGCAGCACAAAAGAAGCAAUAUUUAAACUGUUACAACAGUGUCUGCAUUACUCGGCUCCAAAUGUUAGUCAUUACCUUUUCGGUUUUGAUUUGAAAAAAGUCAACCGAACCGUAUUCCAGCAGCCAGGUGUACUUGGUUUCCCCCGUACUUGCCUCCAUUCCCUGCUCUCCAUUCUGGACAAGUCUUUGGGUGACCGAAUGAAACCCUAUGCUGCUCUUCCCAGGGGACAACUACUGGAGAGCUGUUACUGCAUGCUUUAUCUUCUAUGUUCAGAUGUAAAGACCUCGGGCCCUGUUCUGCGAUUUUUGCGUUCGUGCGGAGACUUCUUGUGUCGGCAUCUAGCUCAUUUGCCUUUCCAAAGUGAUAAUCAGACUUCAGAUCUUGUGCAAAUGUCAUGGCUGCUAAAAGUAGUUGCAGUGGAGCUGAAAGCUACUGCACGCAAUGAUCAGAUGUCCAGUUUGGCAAACCUUGUGAAUCUGUUGACUCGUGAGCAAGGAGAUAUUCUUGAGGAUCCAGAAAAUCGUGAGACAUUCCCAGAAGACAAAGAAGAAAAUUUGAGUCGCUUCUUGUCUCGGAAACGAAAUUUCGAUCCUACAAAGGCAAAAAAGUUAAGAGUCCUUUUGGCCCUACUGAAUCAGUUGGAUUUCCAUGUUGCUUCCAUUCCUCAGCCAGAAUGGGAGUUCUUUGUUCCCAAACAACUUGCAGAGUUGAGUGCCAAGUGUGAGGUGAGUGGAACGAGAGGGCAAUCUAUCCAGUUGGUGGAUGUGAAGAAGCUGCACAAAAUGAUGCUGGAGGAACUUGCUGUCAUUCAGAGCAGCACUUCUGCUGCCCAGCGCUCCCUGGUGCUUGCUGAGAUAGAGAAAGUGCUCAAGUUCACCAUUCAACAGAACAGCCAACGAGCGCGUUGCCAUGCCACUGUUUGCUACAUGGAUGCUUGGCGACAAGUUACAGAAAUUUUGUUUUGUGUUUGUCCACGACGAGUGCUUCCAGAAGACGUGCGAUUGGGUUUGCUUGUGGAUUGUCUUCAUGUCUUGUUGAAGAAGGUUCUAUCUCAUCAGGUUAUACCAAAUUUGGCAGCAUUGUCAUCGGGUGUGAUUCUUCUUCUGUCAGUUGCUUUACACCACUGCCUUGUUGCAUGUCAGGAACAAGAGUUAGCUACAGUUUUGGCAAAUUCAGCAAUUUCUGGGACCUCUACUCUAAGUGCUCCCAUUGCUUCAAAUCUUGCUGUACCCGGUCGACCUGGAAUUUUUGAUAUUGUUCUCUCUAAUAUUCUUGAGUGGAUUAUUAACUCAGGUGUGGCAUCCCAAAAGUUACGCAGUAAUCUGUAUGGUGCAUUGCUGAUGUUUGUGCGAAUGACUUGCCGUGAUCCCUACCAACGGCGCCGUGAGGAGCAGUCUCUGGCAUACCAGUCAGGUUUGGGCAACUCCACAUUUGUCAGUCGCCUUGAUGCAUCAGAAAUACGUGCUGCUCCUGCAGACACCUCUUUGAGGCGACAGGCGUGUUUGGAAAUCAUCAUGGGCUUUGGGGAAGGACUUAUUGAUGUCCUGUGCCAUGACUGCACAGGUGGUCAUGAUGUAUGCAAGAUGCUCGCACUAUCAUGUUUGGGUUUGCUGAUUGAGUUUGACCCUCAUACAAGCUGGAUAUCUCAUCUGAGUUCCCGUGGUUAUCUUCGACACAUUGUGGAUAGCCUUUUGGAGUCUGAUGGCAAACUCACAGCCAUGCUUGGAGUCAACCCGCACACGCUGAGCCCUCUUUAUGUGUAUGAGUCGAAAAUGGCCAUGCUUUGCCGUGUUGCUGCAUCCCACACUGGGGCGGAGCUUCUUCUGGAGUUGGGCGCAUUUGGAUGUCUUGCCAAUAUGUCUGUAUUUGAUAAGCAUCCAGAUUUCAAACCAAAUUUGGUUGUAUCAGACCUUAGCUUUGUUCCUACUGCUCGGAGUCGUUACCAGCAAAUCUUGUUCCCAGCGUUGGACCUUUGUAAUGCCGUUUUGACCACUUUGGGUCCUGAUAACCAGGCGUGUUGUGUCCAGAUCCAACUCUUCCUAUUCAGCCAUUAUGAGAUGCUUAGCAUCAUUCUUCGGUGUGUGAGUCCAUUAAUGCAAGUGAAGUUCCUGAAAGAGCUGGCGCAUAUCACUGGCAUUAUUGCCCGAGUGUCUCAUCACGUUGUGGAUGGCAACAGCGACUUUGAAGAUGCCAGGAUGAACACAAACUACGCAGCUCACGUUCAGAGCUGGAUGCUGGAGUUGAUGAGGCAUUUCCGUCUGUCAGAAGGUGUUGUGCGUGAACUACGUGGAUCACCUCCUUCACCAAUUACAGGAAGCAGUUCAGAAAAUCUUUCAGCUCAAAAUGAGACGCAGCGAGAAGACUCAGUGUUGCAGUUCUUGCAGGUGGCUUGCAACUUGGUGCUUUUUGCACGCAAUAUUGUUGCGGGGAAGGGCCUGGACCGCAAAAUUAGGACUCCUUUAUUCACUCCACAACUGGAAGAAUUUUUUAGCGAACCAGGGAAGAAAGCAGAAAUGGAAGAGAAAGAAGUGGUGUGUCCUCCGUUGGGGCUGGUGGUGGAGCAGUUGGUGCAGUGUGUGGGUUACCACCAGCGCGAGAAGGCAAAUCUUGAUCUGCUGCAGCACAAAAAGAUGUCUCUGGGGACUGUCAAUUAUUCCCUUGACAUGUCAGAGAUUGUGUUGGACAAUGGUCGAGAGCCUCUUCAAUCUGAAGAAGGUCAUGCAUUGGCAGUCAGAGCUCUGGACGAGCAGAUCGACCAAAAGAGGCUGGAACUCGCCCACUGUGCCUUCCUGGUUGAUAACUGCCUCUAUCUCAUUUGGUGCCACCUUAGUUACUUUGCUGAAGAGGCAUCUGGACGCAGAGAGAACAUCGGUCUGCUCUCUUUCUCUAAACCAGUGACACUUUCUCCGAAAGUCCCUAUCAAAAUAUCGAAACAAGAGAUCAGUGCCCUGAAGCAAGGAUUAGUAUCAACUUUCAAUGAUCGAUUCAGCAAACAGUUAAUGGAAACACAGCAGGAAAAGUCAGCCAUCGACAAAGGGUUUGUGGAAGCACUUCUUCGCCGCAUCAAGAGACUCAUCCAAUUCACUCGUGAUUUAAAAUCGUGAUAGUGAGAAUGUUAGUGAAGAUAACAGAACUACACUGCCGUGAGGAGGAUUGAUACAAACAUUCAAUUUGCAUGCAUUUUUGGGAUUUGAGAGGUUAAUGCAUUUUUGUGCUGUGAAAAGUUGUGGUUUGCUGUAUUGCAGCCAGUGGUAUUGUAAAGGCAGAUGAUUCCAGUUUGUUAGUAAAGGAUGCAUGUGAUUUUAGUGAAAACUGUGGAGUGUUAUGUAAUGUUAAAUUAAUCAUUGUACAUUGAUAAAAUGAGGAAGUGAAUGAUUGAUUUUUGCAAAAGUGUAUAUUUAAUGUGUGUUGGCAAAGAUGUAUUUGUCUUGUUUUGUAUUAAGUUGAAAAUAAUAAUUAUUGUUCCUUUGUAGUGAUUUGGAUAAUUUUUCUUCCGAUCUUCCUUUGGUAUCUACAGUAGAUCAUUAUGUACGUAAUUCUUUUUAAUUAGAGAGUAACUGGAGCUUGUGGAGAUGGAGCUGGUAUGGGCGCAGUUGUAGGUGAAAAAUGUAUAGUUUUAGAAACUUAAAUGUAUUGCAGACCUGCAUCCCAGGUCGCUUUUCUACAUCCCCUUUCCCCACCAUUUCCUUGGAGAGUUGCCAACAAUCUACCUGUGUGAAAACAUGAAAAAUAUUUGGAAUAUGCCUACCAUAGUGAACACGGGGCCGUGAAAUGUUCCAAGAGCAGUAGUAUUUCUAAGAAAAGAGAUAAUGUUCUUCAAAAGGAUAAUAAUGUCUCUCAAGUGAGAUGACAAAGACAAGAAUCAUUAUCUGCAAUCCUCCUCCUCGGGGUGCAAGUAGAUGAGAAUUUUCGUCCUUGGAAUGCAAUGUGUUAAGGAACAUUUCAAAUCUCUCAGGAUUAUUUAAGUACAGUUAAAUAUCAUUGUAUUAAAC